AUGGCAGACAAUGUCUGUGGCGGAUCGACCCCGCUCAAGGCGCUUGCGGAGCAAGGUGCUCGUGAUCGAAGCCUGCAACAAGAUCGCGCGCGUCGCGCUGUUCCUAGCCCCUCCAACUUCCGAUCCAACCAGCUAGGCAUGUCGCGGGACCCAAGUCAGUCGUAUAGCACAUACCUCGGCAACCCCAAUCAACAACUUUCAGCGCCGCAUACAGCAGAAUAUAGCGGACAUCAUGUUGCAGUGCAUCCCAAUGCUUUCGGAACUCGACCCCAAGAAACUGUUCACUCGUCCCAGCCUCCUCAAACAACCAAUUGGGCGCAGGACUUUGACAAUUUCAGGCGGGAAAUGGUUGUUCCUUCUCAAAGUAGCAUGACAACACCUCCUUCGAUUCAACAUAUUCAACAUCAUCAACAUAGGCAAAACUUCUCCCCUGUGCUAUCAAACCAAGCGGUUAUCGCCCGACAGACACCAGUUUCGAUGUCUGGGAUGAUGCCCUUGAGUGUUUAUCGCAACCAACAUACACCUUUGGAAAAAGGUCGAGAUACCGAGUUCGACACGGCAAUGCGACACUGGGUCACUUCGAAUGGUGACCUUGGUGCUGGGGUUGAGGAACAAGUCGACGCAGUGAUGGACAAGCUCGCGCGUGAGCUGGAAGAUAUCGAAUGUGCAGAAGGUCAAAGGCAGUCACAUCAGGCGCGAUCAGCAAAUGGUCAGGAUGAUUUGCUUGUCGGAAUAUCACACCGCGAUGCACUGGUAAACAAUGCCGUCCUUGGCAGUUUGGGCCCCGAACUUGACGUUGCCAGCCUCCAUGUAGCGGAUGACACGCAGAAUAUGAAUUCGAUGGAAGAGGUCAGCCACCACGACCGGGCUGCUGAAACACCCGAUGCUUUACCAAUCAGGUCGGAUGUCUCGGAAGCAGCACGGCAGCUACUACAGACUGUCCAACAUGAACAAGGUGACAAGUGGAAGCAAUCGCAGUUUUUACUACUGAUGAAGGACUUCCGCGAUGGACAAAAGGACAUCAUCGAUAAUGAGAUCCGGCAGGCAGAUACAUAG